AUGGCAAACGAACCAGAUCUCGAGUCCCAAAAACCAACUACACAGCCCCAAGCCGAACCUCCGAGUCCCUACCACUCCUCAGAAGAAGACGAACUAGCCCUAAAGCCGCAGCCCUCAAACGCCUACGGCAUCCCAACAUGGCGCAAAUGUCUCAUCCUCUUCGUCGUCAGCUGGAUGACUCUAGCCGUCACUUUCUCCAGCACUUCACUACUCCCCGCAACACCGGAGAUCGCAGCCGAGUUCUCCACCACCCCCGAGAUCCUCAAUGUCACCAAUGCCGGCGUGCUGAUUGCCAUGGGCUUCUCGUCUUUCAUAUGGGGCCCCAUUGCCAACCUGUUCGGCCGUCGAAAUGCGUACAAUGCAGCGAUCCUCGUGCUUAGUGCUUGCUCGGCCGGUACGGCCGCGGCGGUGAAUCUCAAUAUGUUCAUCGCGAUGCGCAUUUUGGGAGGUUUUACGGGGACUUUCUUUAUGGUUGCCGGGCAGACUAUUAUCGCGGAUAUAUUUGAGCCGUGUCUAUCAUGCGGCCUCCUCUCCACAUUCCAAUAUGCCCUCCUGACAUCCGCCGGCUCAAUCUUCAACCCACGAUUCAAUCUGACCUCCCCGCUCGUCAGCGGUCUAUUCUACCUGUCCCCAGGAAUCGGCUUCUUGAUAGGCAGCGUCGUCGGCGGCAAGCUCUCCGACCGCGCCGUGAAGAAAUGGAUCAUAAAACGUAACGGUGUGCGUCUACCCCAAGACCGACUGAACAGUGGUCUUGCCAUGCUACUCGCAGUGCUCCCGGCUGCAACGCUCAUCUACUGCUGGACACUGGAAGAAGAAGUGGGUGGUAUGGUCGUACCGAUCAUCGCCGCAUUCUUUGCCGGCGUGGGUCUUUUAGGUGCUUUCAAUGGGUUGAACACAUACACUGCUGGUGAGUUCGGUCUAUCCCAAACACUGGCACUAGUUCGCAACUAA